CAGGAUGUUGUAAUGUCAUUCAGGAUGUCUUGUCACUUGAAGUCAACCGGCGAUGGCUAACAUUAAGCUAGGAGCUCAUCUAUAGUGCUCUUCAAAGGCCAGACACAUCGCUCACGGAAUUUGGCAAAGACGUGGGGAAAACCUACUCAGACCCAUGAACACUCUGCAGAAUAACGGAGUCCAUUUCGUCGUUUGAGCGAGUCACAUGACAAAACAAGCGCUCCCUCAUCGCGUCGGGCCCGUUUGCGUUGGCUUUGGCUUUAGUUGCUCACAAUUUGGGAGCAGCAACAGGAGGAGGAGGAGGAGCAGCAGCUGGAGGAGGAGGAAGACGGAUCCUGCAGGUCCUGUCGUACCGCCAUGGCCUCCGCUCGGUUCCCGGGGGGGAAGAGUGUGGACGUGGCCGCCAACUGGACGGCUCCAGCGCCGGGCCGGCCGGUGUGCGUCAACGGGACGCCGUGGAUCCUCUACCUGUUGGAGGAGUGCGUGGACAACGUGUGGGAGUACUGCAGCGUGGUGAUUGGUCUCGUAUCCAUGUUCUGCUUUCUGUUGUCCACUCUGCCGCAGGUGUACGAGGCCUAUCGCAACGGUAAAGUGGAGGAGGCCAUGUCCUUCGGCUUUCUUUUCUUCCUCUUCAGUGGAGAUUUGACCAGCUUCGCAGGCUGUUACCUCACCAGCCAGCUCCCCAUUCAGCUAGUCACAGUGGUGUUCUACAUCUUCACUGACCUGAUUCUCAUCUCCCAGUUUCUCUACUAUAAGAUCAAGAACAGCUCCAGCAGAAAAAGCCCUGUGUUGAAGUGGCUGUGCUUCGCCUGGUGUGGCGCUGCUACGUUAGUCCUGCUGGCUUUACCCAAACUCAUCGUGGAAAAUAAUGCAACUUUAGACCCCAAGAGUCCAUCUACCUCAAACUCGGUAGAAGUCACUGGCUAUGUAUGUGGGUACCUGGCAUCUAUAUUCUACCUCAGCUCCCGUUUCCCCCAGCUCUAUAAAAAUUUCCAGCGACAGUCUACGGAGGGGACCUCGUACCUGUUGUUCGCCCUGGCCAUGAUGGGCAAUGGGACUUAUGGCUUUAGCGUCAUCGUGGUCCUGCCUGCACUGAAGGGCUCCAAACGGACCUUCAUCAUCAAACAUCUGGCCUGGCUCAUCGGCAGCCUCGGCGUCCUCAUACUUGACUUCUUUGUGACCGCCCAGUUCAUUAUGUACAGGAAGAACUGCUCGGCCAAAAGCAGCAAACUACUCGGGGUCCCGGAGGUGGAGCCUCUGCUGCGUGAGGAAGUGGAACUGUCAAUGUUGUAGGACGCUGAACGGACGCCAGCAUUCGUUUUUCGAUCCUUCUGGGAUGAUUGAUUCACUUAUGACGACUUCACAGGACGGAGACGUAGCAUAUGCAUCGUUCUUAACUGCGGGGGGGAUCGAGUCAAAUGAACUAUCACUUUAGAGAAAUCUUUGGUCUGUUUCUCUCCUCACAGUCGAGUUUGCUUCAAGGAGAUAUUGUCCUGUUUAUGAAAACUGUUCUUCUCUUAUUUUCUUGGAUGGAAUAAUCCUUGGGGAUCAUACAGCGCAAGCUUUAUGGAAGAACGAAGUGCCUGUUGCACUCACACAUGUUGACAUGGUGAAUACAGCUGGACAGGAUGGCAGCAUCACACGAGAAUGCAUCAUGUGGGAAGUGAGUGUCUUACCUGACCGGUUGUUGGGUUGUCGGGGUUUUUCUUCCUAGUUGUUGUGGAUGGUUAACUGCGGCUAACAGGAAUUUGUCAUAAGAUCAACGUAGGAUUAUUAUACUUUACGUAAGAUUAUUAUAUUUUUCCGGACAUUUCUUUUUCCCGGAUAUUUUAUAAAAAAAACCUUCCUCUAUGGUUUUCGAAUGACCGAUUUUCUAAUUCAAAGGGAUUUUGUAUUUCUUGACCCAAGCUUUCUUUUUUUCCUUCUUAUAUACAGUCUUAGAACAAAUGUGUAAUAUAUAUAUAUAUAAUCCAUUUAAUAACUAAAUUAUUUUAAAAUUAAGUUAAUUUUGUUACUAUUGCUCGGGGUUUAUUUAAGUGACAUUUCUUUACAAAAUGCUGUUUCUCUAUGUUCCUAAAAUAUAAUCUUGCGAUUGCGAUGAUCAACUGCUACUGUUUUCUUGCAUUUGUAACAUUUUAUUUAACCACAUUCUUUGAUCAAGAAGUUAUUACUUUAUGAUAACAUGUUUUCUGAUGGAUCUAAGAAUAGGAACAUUAAUGGUGUAAUGUUGAAGACUUGGUGAAGUGAUGAGGAUUAAAAUUAGUUUGCACAUUUAAGGUGUUUUUACUCUUAAAGCGGAAAAGAUGAAAUAUCUAUUUUUAAAAUGUUUUAUUCUUAUUAGAUGCAUUGCAACUGUUCAAAGAGUGACACAAAACAAAUUAAUGACAACAAAUCAGAGCAGAAACAAAACCGAACAAAUAGGCAUGUUGAUGACCAGCACUUCAAGUCAUUGGACGUUCACUGAGGUCAAUAGAAAAACCGAACCGCUCGUCAAUCUUGGGCCAAAUAAUACACAAUGUGUGUGUGUGGUGCUGCGUAACUUUAACGACUGUACUGUACGUCUGCACUUUUCUCUACCUCAUUGUUGGGAGUACACCAUUUCUUUUCCUGCAUAUAUGAAUAGCUGACUUGCACAUAUUGCAUUAAAAAAAAGGUAAAAUAUACAAUUUUGUAGGGUUCAAACGACAAUGUUUUCUUAGAGAAUUACAGGAAAGUUGGUCGCUGCCUUCACAAUAGCAUGACUGGCUUCUUUUCUAUGAGCCACUCUGCUGGAUUUAUGUAGAUGUUUUUGUGACAACAUAAUGUUUAUUGCAAAGGGAAAAUUUAUUUGCUAAUAUAUGCAAUUGGGUUCACGUCUUAAUACAAACAAUUUUGUUUCAUGCAAAUUAGUUUUGUAUUGUACUUUUCCAUUCCUUUUAUACAAGUCUGAUGUAUUUUUUUUUAAGCGUGGACGGAAAAUGUAUGUGAAUAUUUUUACUGUUAACUGCAAAAGAUGAUGUUUUUACUUUUUGGUCACACUGUACUGCUCUUAUGUAUUUAUUUUCUUAACUGUUCAGUCCACGUUCAUUUUUUUUUCUUUUCGGAUGUACUGUACAUGGCCAGUUACAUUGUAAAUCCAGGGUCGGUAUACUGGCAGUGUGUUCUGAUGUAAAACCACGCUGUGUAUGACAAUAACUGUAUCUAUAUUGUACAACGCUUUAAUAAACUACAAUAUACCGUA